GGAAAUGGAAAAAAGGUGCCACUUUAACGUACCAGUUAUUGCAUCAAUAAUUCACUAGCUUAGGCGAAAAACUGUAUCUUUAUUAACAAUGGAAUGAUUUAACUUCCCCGAGGCUCUGAAGUCCUCAACAAAUAUUAUGUUUUUCUUCAAACUCUUAGCCGUGUACGAGGUAUUCUGUAUAUGUGCUCAUUCCAGCAUCGUUGCAGCGGGCCGACGUUAUGCGGUAGCUCUAAAAAAGAAGACAAAGCUUCUUCAAAACAAAGACAAUCAAGCACAUGGACUUAAUGUCAGAGAAGUAAAAGACGAAAACCCGGCUGAUGUGCUAAAUACUAUGACAAAUAAUACUGCAGCUGAAGAAGUUAAAGAGAUGAGUGGAAGUCGAAGAUAUUUGAGUGUCGUCAAUGGAUAUCCUCCUAAUUAUGGGGUAUAUUCCCAUCAUCCUAUCAUUCAAGGACCUUUGUACAGUCAUCACGUCCAUGUUGUUCCAAAGCCGUAUCCUGUAGUGUCCGUUCAGUAUGUUCCAAAGCCGUUUCCCAUACCUUACGCUGUACCGUCACAUGUACAUGUUUCACAUCUCCAUCUGCGCCCCAAGUAUCACUUAAAUCCUUGCCAAGAUGGAGGGAUAUUUGUACAGCUACAUCAUGACUACUUUUGUAUAUGUCCGAAAGAAUUUCGAGGGAAGAACUGCGAAGAUAGAAACUAUUGCGCUUCAAAUCCCUGUAAAAACGGCGCUACUUGUACCGAAAUUUCUGGUGCGUUUAAAUGCAACUGUGCUCAUGGAUUUCUUGGUGCUGUCUGUGAAGAGCCUAAUCCUUGCCACCCAAACCCUUGUAAAAAUGGAGGCGUGUGUACGAGAUCUGAUUCUGAGGAAAAGUUCUCUUGUAUUUGCCAGGAAGGAUUCAAAGGAGAACAUUGUGAUUCCAUAAACAAGUGUGAUCCAAAUCCGUGCAAAAAUGGUGCAACAUGUCAGCAGUCAAAAGAUGAUACAUACGUCUGUAUUUGUCCUCCAUCUUUCAAGGGAACUUUGUGUACAGAGACAAAGCAGUGUUACACGAACCCUUGUCUUAAUGCUGGAACUUGCCAUGAGGACGGAUUCGGAUAUAACUGUACGUGCAGACUGGGAUACACUGGAAGCAACUGCGAAAGUCACGUGUGUCAUCCUAGCCCGUGCUUGCAUGGUGGACAUUGUCGAGUGUUUUACGGUCACUCCAAGUGUUACUGUCCUCCGCUUUACAAAGGAAAUAAGUGUGAAAUUCCUCAUCCGUGUUACAAUCGUCCUUGUUUGAACGGCGGUAUCUGUAUCGACUCGUACAGUGGUUAUAGCGCGUAUCCUGAUAAAUGGAAUCAGGGCUUUCUUCACUACCUCUGCAUCUGCCAGGCAGGCUUUACUGGAUCAAACUGUGAAGUGGAUAUAUGUAAAAAGUGCGACAUCAAUGCCAAAUGCAUCAACGACACUUGCCUUUGCGUGGAAGGGUUUUAUGGAAAUGGCUUUAUAUGCAGAAAAAUUCCUCACCCUUGCCACCCAAAUCCUUGUAAGAACGAGGCUAAGUGCAAAGAACUCGAGGCAGGAGAGUAUGAUUGCGAAUGUCCUCCGGGAACAAGUGGCAAGCACUGUGAAGAUAAAGAUGCUUGUGUCCCUAAUCCUUGCAAAAAUGAUGGAAAAUGCGUAGAAACACGUGAUGGUGGAUUUACAUGCGUUUGUGAGAACGGAUACACGGGCGAAAAUUGCGAACGUCCCAUCGAUGCGUGUUUAAGUAAUCCGUGUCAGAAUGGAGGAACUUGUGUGGAUGAAAACGGGAAGGCCGUUUGCAAGUGCAAAGGAAAGUAUACCGGACCAACCUGUAAAGAAUGCGGCUGCCCGAAGGGUAACCCCUUAGCAGUUCCUCCUGUUUACGCUCAGAAAUGUGACGCAGACGGGGCUUGUUAUUGUGAAAGCGAGGAGAUGGAUUUCAGAGAGGACGGAUGUUACCUUGGAAAAACCAACAAUCCUUGCCAGUCCAAUCCAUGUAGAAAUGGAGGAACUUGUGAGUCCAUCAACACUAAUACAGCCUACGUGUGCAGGUGUCCGGAAGGAUUCACUGGAACUCAUUGUGAAAAAGAAAUAUGCACACCAGGUUAUUGCCUUAAUGGCGGAAUCUGCAAACCUGUUGGCAACAUACAAACUUGUAUUUGCCAGCCUGGCUUCUCUGGAGAUCGAUGCGAAAAGAAAAAAGUCACUCCAACCAAAGAUUACUGUCAUCCAAAUCCCUGCCUGAAUAGUGGCACUUGCGUUCAAGUUCAAGGCGGAUAUGACUGCCACUGUGAUCUGCAAUAUACCGGAGCACAUUGUGAAGUUGACAAGUGUGCCAAGUGUGAUGUCCACGCUUUGUGUGUCAGGGGACGCUGCAGAUGUAUGGCAGGUUACAUAGGAACAGGAUAUGAAUGUGUCAAAGCUCGUCACAAGCGCUGUCCCACAGUGUGUCCCAUCUACUCUACUUGUGUACAAGGAGCAUGCCAAUGUAUACCAGGGUAUCAGAUGCAAGGAAACAGCUGCAUACGUGUGACAGUUUACGCUAUACAUAACGGUGACCACAAAGAAGAAGAGGAGGAGGAGGAAGAAGAAGAAGAAGAAGAAACUGAACCAACUCCUCCAAUCCCGAGCACAAUACAAACGACACCCCACACUGGUGCACACAUUUCACCAAAUACCCCAACUCCGACAGUUACACCACCACCACCAUCACCGCCACCACUGUCACCAUCCCCACCACCUCCAGUUCCACCACCACAACCUUCCCCACCACCGCCGGUUCCUCCACCACAACCAUCUCCACCACCUCCGGUUCCGCCUCCACAACCUUCCCCACCACCGCCGGUUCCUCCACCACAACCAUCUCCACCACCUCCAGUACCGCCACCACAACCUUCACCACCUCCUCCGGUUCCUCCACCACAACCUUCACCACCACCUCCAGCUCCAUCACCAGUACCAGCUCCCCCUCCUCCUGUUCCUAUUCCAGUGCCAUCAUCACCUCCCUCCGUUCCGGCUCCACCUCCACCCGUUUCGAGUCCUCCCUCCUUUCCCGCUCCCCCGCCUCCAGUUGGUAGCCCAUCCGCCGCAGCUCCAUCAUCCCCAACAUCCUACGGUCCUCCUUCCAUGGAUUAUCCCCAAUAUUCUGACUACCCUGUCAACUAUGGCUACCCGUCUUAUUACAGGCCUUAUUACAGAUCAUAUAGGCCAUACCGGCCACAUUACAAGGCACUUUAUGGCUAUUGAUUUUCUGUAAAGAAACGUUUGGAUGAGGGAUGGAUUUUGCUUGAAAUUCUCUACUUUUGUUAGUUUAAAUGAAAACGUUUACAUGUAACUCUCACCGAUUGAUUUUUGUAUGGUUAAGUUGCAGGAUAGUGACCUAAGACGAAGAGAAGGAAAGUGUCAAAAUCGUGUGAACUAAGUAAAAAAUCUCUUGAGAUUGAGCAUUAACUGGAUGCUACCGCAAGAAAAAUUUGAAAUUAAAUGUUAAAUAGGGAAUAUACUAAUAAUAUAGCAACCUCAAUAAAAGUAAUUGAUUGUAAAAGAAGAGAGAGUGCCUCAAUCAGUCAAGGCUUUAAAUAAUUGUAGUCAUAUGUGUAUAUCUUCCUAUUAAAUAAACAGUUUCUUUGAAA